AAUUAGCCUAAAUAAAUAAAAAAUCUAAGUUCCUCUCAUUUUAACUAUUUUAAGAAAAGAAAAGAAGAAUAAGAAAAUGAAAGGGUUGCGUGCGGCGGGACAAUAUUUUUGGGUUUGAAAAUAGAACCAAAAAAAGAACAUUUAUGGAUUUUUUGGGGUGCUUGGUGGAUUUGUAGUGUUGACUGUUGAGUAGUAAAAUCAUUUUCAAGAACAUACCGCAAUUUGUUGUUGUGGUUUUGAAUUUUAAUAGCUAACACUCAACUUAACAGUAUCUACGGAAGCCAUGGUUUUCGGCCUCAUUCCCGUUGAUCCCUCCCCAGGUGAAAAUAAAUACUAUAUCACUGCAAAGGGUUCAUACAAAGUGGGUCGCAAAGGGUGUGAUAUAAUUAUCACAAAGGACAAAGGUGUUUCUCGGGUCCAUGCAGAAAUAUUUGUUGAUGAGAUGACUUCUGCUAAUCCCCCACAUACGAAGACUUCUAAUUUGUCCAACAAAGUUCGAAUUAAAGAUUGCUCAAAGUAUGGAACAUUUAUUAACAAGAGCCUUGGGUCAAUGGAGAAAGUCCAUGAGUUCCCAGGAAAAGAAACAGUUUUAACAGAUGGGAACCUGAUUUCAUUUGGAACUGGGAAUGCAACAUACAGGUUUUCUUUUGUUCCAUUCAUUAUUUGGGUCUACUCUUUGGAGCCCCACCAAGUGACUCAGUCCUUUCAAGAUAAACUUUCAUUAAUAGGUGCUGAUAUUACUUACAAUUUCCACCAAAAGUGCACCCAUGUACUUGUUGAUGAGCUGACUCCCUUAAGAGAAGAGUUACUAGAUGCUAUUGUGGCGAAGAAAGCUUGUGUUCAGAUUAGCUGGGUUGAAACAGUUGCUGAAGAGAAGAUUUGCACUGAAAUCCCUAGCUGCAGCGACCACACCCCAACUCUCUCAGUAGAGGAUGUCUCAGUCAAACUUGCAGACCCGGGAACUCGCGAAAAUUGUUUGGAUGGAUAUACUUUUGUGUUGGACUCGAUAAACAGUUAUAAAUACCGAAAUCAGUUGAAGUCCCUAUUAGAGCUAGCUGGAGCAAAGAUUCUUUCCAUUGAAGGGUUUAGUUCAAGCAGUCAAGGAUCAAAACAUGAAGAAAGCAGUUAUGUUGUUUGUGUCAUCCCCGGAGGGUCAUCCUACAAAAUCGAUUGCUUUAAUAAACUCAAUGCAGUAUCUAGAGUGAAGGAAAUAGACUUGAUACGGGCCAUUUUAACUGGGAUACUGGAUCGAUCCAUUUUGAUAUCACCUUGCGUAGUUGUAUCAUCCUCAUGCUCCACAGAUGAGACAUUUGUAGAAGAUUCUGAAGCUGAAGCAGAAGCAGAAGCAGAAGCUGUAACGUCUUCGGUCCAUGUAACUGCUGCCACACAUUCCGAAGAAGUCAUUGAAAUUGUAACGCCAGUUCUUCCUCCAACGACUGCUUCUGCACAUUCUGAAGAAGUCAUUAACAUCGUUACACCAAUUCCUCCAACGACUAUUGCACCUGCAGCAGCAGUCAUUGACACUGUAGAUAACAUGGAUGAACAGAAGGAUUGUGCUUUAAAAAUUAAUUUAUCAAGCUUUAGGGGCAGUAGUAGUACCAGUAGUCAUGUCAAAAAUGACAGGGUUAGCGAGACGGAAGGUGAAAACUUGGAUAUCAUUUACAGCCAGAAUUUAAUUGUUCGGGAUAUGAGCGCUUCUUCUACAACCAGACGUACUGUAAACAAUGAAGUUGUUAACUUCAAACGUUUCAGAAAGAGAGAUACUGAAUCUGGGAAUAGCUUUAACAACCUGAUUCCGUUCUCGAAGUAUCCUUACAAAGAAUCUGACAACGGAAAUGAGGAAAUGACUGAGUUUGUAAAAGAAGAGAAAAGAAGAAAGCAAAUGGAAGCAGUUGCCGAUGACUUAUUUAACAACGAAAGGGGAAGGCGUCGUGGAGUUGCAGGCUCAAUUCAGGGAAUUUUGACUCGUCGCUAGUAAAAGUUAACGACUUCCUUAUAGAAGAAACACAAAGGUACAGACCUCCCUUAAAUAUUUAAGUAUUUGUUGGUGCAUAUUCAGUCAAUGAAGUAUGAUGAAGUUGCUCUUCAAAAACUGUCCCGAAGAGAUCCUGCAUUUGUGUUGUUUGAUAGUCGAAAGUAGAAACAUCAUCAACAAUUUUCGCCGAUGCAUCUUCACAACGAUUAGUGGUAGCUCCCUUUUAAACCUUUCUUUGAACCAAGGGCAAGGGCUUCAACUGAUUACAAUCUCAAGGAGAUAAAUAGGAUUAAUAGUACUACUGAAUGGCCAAAAUAUGUAUAGCUUCACCAUAUAGGACUUGUUAAGCUCAAAGAUUAUUGUUAGCAUUGGAAAUCCAAACUAAAUUUUUGUAAGAAUUAAAGGCAAGUUCUUUUUAGUCAAGUGAUUUGGAAUGUCAUGCUUUUAGAUCAA